GCUCAUCUGGCGGCCAUUCCAGUGUCUCAGAUGAGGUGAUAACUUUAAUAAAAUCUGAGAUCCACCUGACCAUACCCAAUGUGGUAAGUGUUUAUAUUACUAAUGCUUUACUCUGUGCUGUUACUGAAUCUUGGAACCAUAAGCACAUUGAGAGUUCUGUGUUCUGAUGAAGGUGAUGAUACCGAGUCUUGAUAAGAUCCAGCAAGCAAUCAUUCACCUGGUGCAUCUGGUGCUGGAGGUGAGCCGCGGCGUGGCAUGCUGGAAACAGGAUUGCCGCUCAGACGACGUCGGAAAGUCUGGAUCUGGGCGGCUGAGGAACUUCUUCCAGAGUGUUUCUGAAAACAAGGAUGUGUGCAAGCCUGUAGGACUUCUAAUGUCAGGGGUGAACCUCCUGGGUAAACAGCCCGGAGAUGUGCUCAGUCAGUUCAGAGCCUUCAAAGUAAUCUGGGAUCAGGACCGAGACGACCAAGUCAAGGAAUUCAUCAGUAGCAACCCCGACCUAUACCUGAUAAAGGAGCAAAUUUUACACUAUGAAACGGUUGAACAGGAGAUCGCGGACAUCACGCCCAUCGUCGUUUUAGGUGGAAUGGAAUUGUCAACAGCUCCACUGAAGAUGUCCCUGAGUGUGGAAGCGAAAGCCUGGAAACUGAUGCUGUGCAAGUACGUACAAAAGGAAUACAAGAAGAAGCUGAUGGACAUGAUCGCUUUCAUUAGUGAGCAGCAAAAAAACCUCUCACGCCCUAUAGCUGACCUGGACGACGUGAGAUUCGCUAUGGAAGCCCUGUCCAAUAUCCGGGACUCAGAAAUUAUAAUGGACAUGACCAUGGGGCCCAUCGAGGAAGCCUAUUCUAUACUAAACAAGUUUGAAGUGGAAGUGACGAAGGAGGAGGCCGAGGGUGUGGAUACACUAAGAUACUCUUUUGCUAAACUGCAGUCCAAAGAGAGAGCAGUCCAGCAUGAACUGGUCAGUGCGCAGCCCAAGUUGAAAGAGAUUCUCCUGGAAUCAGUCGCCACGUUUCAGAAUGACUUGAUGACUUUCGGCCAGAAGUAUGAAACGGAAGGCCCGAAUGUUUCAGGCAUUUCACCUCAGGAGGCCAGCACCAGACUUCAAAUCUUCCAGACUGGGUUUGAUGACCUGUGGAGGAAGUUCACCACAUAUUCUUCUGGAGAACAGUUGUUCGGCCUGCCCGUCACUGAAUAUGAUGUUCUACAGAAAGCUCGGAAAGAGCUCGGGCUUCUUCAGAAGCUGUACGGCCUCUACGAUGCGGUUAUGAAUAAGAUCAGCGGCUAUUACGAAAUCCUCUGGACCGAAGUGGAUAUUGAAAAGAUCAACACGGAGCUUUCAGAAUUCCAAACCAGAUGCCGAAAGCUCCCCAAAGGACUGAGAGACUGGCAGGCGUUUUUAGAUCUGAAGAAAAGGAUCGAUGACUUCAGCGAGUCGUGCCCUCUCCUGGAGAUGAUGGCUCACAGAGCGAUGAAGCAGAGACACUGGGAACGCAUCGCUGACCUGACGCAGCACAAGUUUCACGUGGAUUCGGACACGUUCUGCCUUCAAAACAUAAUGGAGGCCCCACUGCUGAAACACAAAGAAGACAUAGAGGACAUCUGCAUCUCAGCAGUAAAGGAGAAGGAUAUCGAGGCCAAGCUGGCACAGGUGGUUGAUUUAUGGUACAGUCAGUUGCUCACAUUUAUGGCUUUUAAAGGCAGAGGAGAGCUGAUGCUUAAAGGAGCUGAGACGGCAGAAAUCAUCACUGCCAUGGAGGACAGUCUGAUGGUGCUUGGAUCACUUCUAAGCAACAGGUAAGUUUCAUCAGGUUCUGUUCAUGUCUCACACACUGAUGUUCUCAUUAGAAAUAACAGUC